AUGAGGGCUAAGUCUAGGAUUUAUUUUCUGUCAUACAUGGCCUCUGAUGAUGUAUCAGAAAGCAUGCAGCUUGUUCUUGGUAAAGAUGAGUUUGAAGACUUCGAGGUCACAGAAGUUGAUGGAGCCCUUCUCUGGGACUUGCUUGAAGAGUUGGAGAAUGAGGAGGAGAAGAAGGAUGAGAAAAUAAGGGAUAUUGAUGAUGCUAAUAGCAUGACAGAUGAGCAGGUUUCAGUGGAGCAGCAUGAUGAGAUUUGCACCCCUGACUUAAAGUGUGGAGAUGUAUACAUGGUGGAGACAAACCCAUCAUCAUAUGAAAUGGAAGCUUGGUUUGCAGAUGACAUGGUGGGGAUGGUGGAUUUUGGUUGCGGUGUUGGAGAUUUUCCACAGUUGCAUAAUGGUGUUCACAUUGGAGCCUCCUGCAAUGAAAUAACUUACAAUUGCUUGUGGGGAGAUAGUUGA